AUGCAUGGUCGUGACAGUGACCUUCAUGCUCGUUACUUUGAGCUAAAAUUCGAGGACAGAAGGAAUCCUUCUGUGGAUGACUUCGACAAGAGGUAUGGGUACGUCCAAAGGACUCCCAAAAUUCCCAAUGAGGCAGGGAUGAAGUACAUCCUGCUGUCGUUGUGGAGGCAUCAUCCCUCCAACGAGGCAAGGGCUUGUAGGGUGGCCAAUAUGACUGCCUUCAAAUUCUCGGAAAUCUCCACCCACGCCUCCACAAAAGAUGUGGGUUUCUCUCUCUCUCAAUUAAUGGAUGGCAACUAUGGCCAUCUACCUGCCGCUGUGUGCCCUCCCACCCCACUGCCUAUCCCUGACAAGGACGAGGAUAUGAAGAGUGAUGGCAAGGCGACUACAGGGUCAGUCGACGAGGCUGCCCCUCUUCCUGAACGUCGUUUCCCCACUGUGAUCUGGUCUGAGACCGAGGCCGCUGUUGCUGGUCCUUCGGACCUUUCUAAUGCUGCCAUUUCAGCUACCGCUGGCCCUUCCUCCAAGAAGGUUUAA